UAGGCAAAUGGAGGGAUGAACCUACGUAGAAUCACUCCUUCAACUCAUAGUUGUGUUUCAUCUCAACUAUUAAGGCUUAGCGUCGUUCUACUGCUCAGCCUUCAUGACUCAAGAGGAAAAGCCAUUUGGACCGCGCACCUGAAUAUAACAUUUCAGGUGGGAAAUCGGAUUAUAUCAGAAUUAGGAGAGAGUGGAGUGUUCGGGAAUCAUUCUCCUCUGGAAAGGGUGUCUGGUGCGCUGGUACUUCCUGAAGGAUGGAAUCAGAAUGCGUGUAAUCCUCUGACCAAUUUCAGCAGGCCUGAACAGGCAGACUCGUGGCUGGCACUCAUUGAACGGGGAGGCUGUACUUUUACACAUAAGAUCAACGUGGCAGCAGAGAAGGGAGCGAAUGGGGUGAUCAUCUAUAAUUAUCCAGGGACAGGCAACAAGGUCUUUCCCAUGUCUCACCAGGGGACAGAAAACAUAGUCGCUGUGAUGAUAGGCAACCUGAAAGGCAUGGAACUUUUGCACUUGAUUCAGAAAGGAGUCUAUGUGACGAUCAUCAUCGAAGUGGGGAGAAUGCACAUGCCCUGGCUCAGCCAUUACGUCAUGUCUCUGUUCACCUUCCUGGCGGCCACCGUUGCCUACCUGUUCCUGUACUGUGCCUGGAGACCUAGAGCGCCCAAUUCUUCCACCCGGAGGCGAAGACAGACAAAGGCAGAUGUGAAGAAAGCCAUUGGUCAGCUUCAACUGCGAGUGCUCACAGAAGGAGACAAGGAACUCGAUCCAGAUGAAGAUAAUUGUGUUGUUUGCUUUGACAUAUACAAGCCCCAAGAUGUAGUACGUAUUUUAACUUGCAAACAUUUUUUCCAUAAGGCAUGCAUUGACCCCUGGCUUUUAGCCCAUAGGACAUGCCCCAUGUGCAAGUGUGACAUUCUGAAAACUUAA